CAAGGGCUGAAAGGGUGAGGGUUACAUGAAGCCUGCGGACUUUUCAGCCCGUUUCAGCUAGUUCUCUGGACCUCUCUUAUAAGAACCAUGAUUCCUAGGGAUACCGAACCUAGGAUUGUAGCCUACUGUUCCCUCCCUGCCCCCGGUAUCAGGACAGCCCCCCCCACGCCAGAAGCAACUGUACCUCCCGGUCUGAUAGGUCCCGAUUGUGAGGCAGAAGGGGAAACUGAAGCAUAAAAGUAUGCGGGCAUGAUCCUUCUCUGAUGGUCCUUUCCCAAUCCUGAGGAUCUCUUUGCUAGCCGCCACCCCUUUAAGCAAUGCUUCUGAGGGGGGCGGGGCUGGGUGUUGGCCCGUCCAGGAUGUGAGAUCCUGGAUGAAAGAAAAGGUGUAGUGUUUGGGGCCUGCCAGGGAGCCAGACACGAUUGGUAAUGCUCGGGGGUCCUGCUUUACCAAACCGGCAGACAAGCCGAGGGGAGUGAACAGAGGAUGGAACUCGGUGACCCAGAACUGCUGGAUAUCUUGUUGGAACCUUCAGAAGACAUAACCAUGAGGGCCUUCCCAGAGCUGGCUGGACUUUCCUCAUUCCGAGAGCCAGAGCGAACUGCACUGCAAGAGCCAGGGCUGGGUGGCUGGGAGCCUGGUGGGAGCAGCAGUCAUGGCCUUCAGGAGAGUGAGCCUGACGAUUUCCUGAACCUACUCAUUGAUCCCAAUGAGGUCUAUCAGUCCAGAGUUUCUCCAGGAAGUGACAGUGGUAUCUCGGAAGAGCCUGGUCGUCCAGACAGCCCCCCAGCCCCCAUGGCUCUCAGUCCCCCUGCCCUCUAUGAGGUUGUCUAUGAGACUGGGGCUCUAGAAGGGCUACAAGGAGAAACUGAGCAGACCAGCUCUGGGCUCAUCUCUAUCCAGCUAGGUCAGUGGAGCCCUCCACUGCUGAUCCCUGAUGCCUGCAUCAUCAGUGAGCCUCCUGCUCACCCAGAGCCCAGAAGAGGUUCAGGAGUCAUGCUGCCUCCUGAGACACUGCUGCACUGCCCAGCUUUAUUCCUGACUGAUGAGGAGAAACGACUGUUGGGACAAGAAGGGGUAUCUCUGCCCCACCACCUACCCCUCACCAAGGCAGAGGAAAGAAUCCUUAAGAAGGUGCGGAGGAAAAUCAGAAACAAACAGUCUGCUCAGGACAGCCGGAGACGCAAGAAAGAAUACAUAGAUGGUCUGGAGACCAGGGUGGCUGCCUGUUCGGUGCAGAACCAGCAGCUACAGAAGAAGCUGCAGGAACUGGAGAGACACAAUGUGUCCUUGGUAGCCCAGCUUCAACAGCUACAGGCACUCAUUGCUCAGACCUCUAACAAGGCUGCCCAGACCAGCACUUGUGUCCUGAUCCUCAUACUCUCCUUAACCCUCAUCAUCCUUCCCAGCUUCAGCCCCUUUCAUAGGGAACAGCCAACUGGGCCUGACACUUACAAACCUAAUGGAGUUCUCUCCAGAAACAUCUUGACUCACAGGGAUGUGCCUGACAGCUUGAGGACCCUGCUAUCACAGCCUGGAGACAGGGGUGCCAAUGGUUCCUCAGGAGCAGUGCCUAAGGAGGGUGGGAAGCAGCCAGGCCACAGGGACAGGGGCAGAGCUGUGAAGCAUGUGGAUGAGAUGUAAGCUAGAUCUGGAAAAAGGGUGAUGGGCUUGGGAGGCCUGGGAUUGAAAUACCCCUGGGCCACACCCCCAUCCCACCAGUCUUCACACCCUGUGGCAUCAGGCUGGAGUAGGAUGUUACUCUUGAGAAACUGAGGCAAUACCAUUCCCCCAUUCUGCAAUAGGGCCAACAACUUAUUCUCCCAGUGUAAAUAAUAACAUACAAUAAGGUGCAAGGCUUAAGCUCCUAUAAGUGGAGCAGUUUUGGGGUGGAAGGGGAAGAGGAGAAGGGUGCUGCUUUAAAAUAAACUUACAAUGUCUGUCUGGUUUCAUGGAUCUCUUAGAGUUUGUGCUCAGAUGGACUCACUUAAGCCCCAAACGUGAUAGAGGGAGAAAGGAAACAAAGUUGAGGAAGCCGGGGACAUAGCUGCUUCCUACAAUCUACUUUUUUGUUCUGACCCCUUCCCCCCAAACAAA